UGACAAGCAGGAACCCACAAUGAGAGAAGGACAAAGGAAAAACAGUCUUCACAAUCUAUGACUUCUUGAUGAUAUCAGUAAAAGCAGUUGGGCAAGUUUCGGGAGAGCAGCUCAUAACAAAAGGGCCACCUUGCCCUCACUGGCCGCAACAAUGAUGCCUCUCUUCUGGCUUCUGCUUUUGGCAAAGCUUCCUAAGCUGGCUCUUUUCUCCGGUUCAGAUCGUUGUGUAAUCCAGGAGAUCAGCAACUCACAAAAUGUGUCUUCAAUACUGGAAUCAUUACAAUGCCAUAAUAACUACAUGUCCCAAGUCAACUGCAAGUGGAGGCAACACAUAAAUACACAGUUGGAGCUCUGGGUCGAUACAGGAGCUGGAAGGGAGGUGAAGUGUGAGCCUGAGCCACUUGAUCCUAGAGAUGCAGCUAAGCACAGGGAUGUCCGCUGUAGAUAUAAAGCCAAUGCGUUUGGCAUCAGCAUAAACCACAUCGCCUUCUUCCUCCCAAACAAGACUUUGAGCGUCUGCUCCUCUGUCCGGCACAAGACUCUUCAUCUUUUACAGCACCUGAAAGCACUCCCACCAGCGAGUCUCUCCACGCACGAUGCAGCUGAUGGUGGCCGAAAGCUCAUUUGGUCCAGCCCCUACCCUCCCUCCUCAUCCCUGAACAAAAACCUCACCUAUCAGCUCAGCUACAAGACGCACAGAGAGGACAACUGGGUGACUGUGAAUGUCACAAACACCAGUAUGACACUUGAGAGGCAGCUGUUGCAUCCAGGUCACAGGUAUGAAGCCAGAGUGAGGGCCCGGGCCAACAUGGGUCUGUGGAGUGACUGGAGUCCUGUGGUGACCUGGAACACUAAAGAAGACUUUGGGCAGCUUCCCACUUUGCAUUGUGUACUGGAUGGAGAGAAGGAGGUAACGUGUAGCUGGGAAGUGAACAGAGAGCUGGCUCACAUCAUUACCUACCAGCUGGCCUGUCGACACAAUGAGAGUGCGCCGUUUGAGAGAUGCUGUUUGAACCAAACAGUCACUUCUGACCUCACCAGGAUGAUGCUGAGGUACAGCUGCACGCUGUCUGUCACAGACCCAGAACAUCUGCAGCUGAACCUCCAGCCAAAACACAGUGCCAAGAGAUUUAAACUCCACCUAAACAUUCGUCCCAACCCCCCACAGCAUGUAAAUCUGACGGAAGAAGACAAUAACUGGAUCGUGAAAUGGACCGAACCAAACAAAAGUCAAAAACACAACCUGUAUUAUCAGGUCCUUUAUUACAGGAAACAAGAUGAGAAUUCUUCUACGCUACUGGAAGUAAGGGAUUUAACUUCCUGGACCAUCCUUGGAAAAUCUUUAGCCUCACUCCAGGUUUACCAGGUCAAAGUUAGGUCAUUGGUUGUCCCUGGAUCAGGUUCAGAGUAUGAAGGAAUCCCAUCAGAGUGGACGGAUCCUGUGGAGUGGACCACUAAUGAAGUCUGGUCCCCCACAACCUUGAUCUAUACACUUAUCACUGUAGCAGUGGCUCUAGUCUUCCUCAUUCUGUACCGUGCUAUUCCAACUUGUCGAAGGAAGGUAAUUGUGUGGGGGGACUCAGUUCCUUCUCCAGGAAAAAGCAAAAUCCUGUCAGAGUUGAUGUCCCCCGGCAGUCGGACCCUUACGCAGACUGAAAAGCCGUAUAUUUGCAAAGUGCAACAACUGGACGUCUUAUCUACAUGCUCAUCACAAGCUUCGCUGUGGCCGACCAAGGACACAGAAAAAAAGUACCUGGAUCAGGAUGAGGGUUGCUGGAGCUGUGAUAACCUGCCCUCUCCUACUGAGGAGGUUAACGUCUCUGACACUUCUGCGAUAAGCUUCACCGGGCCAUACAUCCUCUGUCGGUCGCCGGAGCCAGCCCCCGAGUCAGUGAGUGUCAAGGAUGAAGAGAUGGACACAGAAACCCCGUCAGAUGCAUCGCCUUCUCCUGUAAAUUUCACUCUUUUCGGCGAAGGCUAUGUGUGUCUGCCCAGACACAGCAACUCCAGAUCCACACAGGACCUCAUGUCCCACUGUGAUGAAAAGACGAGCACACACUGGUGUGACAGUGCUGAGCAGGACCAGCGGUGCAAUGAUCCAACACCGUGGCUCGUUAACUCGGACAUCAAGCCUGGCUUUAGCGAGCCCACCAUUGGGGACAAACCGCCAGAAUACACGUCGGGACCUUUCACCAACUGGCCUGAAGGGGCCACCGUACAGGCGUCAGGGUACUGCCACCUCCCCACAGCCUUCAUGCAUGAGCAGCGCACUAGCCUGCAUAAUUCAUAGGAAGAUUUUAUCAAAAGAGGACCUAUCACUUUCUCUGCACACGAAACAACUUUCUUUUUGCAUAAACUUUUCACUUUAUUCUGAGUUACUGAUGCUUCAAUGUGAAAAAAAAAUUCCUUCUAGCAUUUUUGAGAAGCUUUGUGCCUGUUUUUAAUCUUAACUGACAAAGUGGCUCCAUAGUGUAGUGGCUUACAGAAAAAGCGAAAGAUCUCAGUUUUGAUCCCAGAAGGAAAUGCAAAUGACUUUGGAGUUGUGUCAGGAAGAGUAUCCAGAGAAAAAUCAAAUAUACUGAGGUGUAGUUUAGUGUCUCACCAUUUGAGGGCAAUAGUGAGCCAAAUUUUGUAGGUGGUCUAUAAGCUUAUGUGGGACAGAAUGCAAUAUUAUGGGAAGCAAACUAAGCCUUUUCUUUGAACUUUUUUAGAUAAUUUCCUGGCACAGACUGGGAUGGUAUGUAAUCCAAACGUAAUCCAAAAAGCAGCCAUGCAAAACAGCUUUCGUGAUUCUUAAUGCGUUCAAUUUUUGUUCUGCCUGUGUCUAAGCGUUGCACCGUCUUUUCAAAUGCAUGGCACCAUCAUUUUACUUGCUUGUGUAAUCUUUCAGCGUAAUGACAGCCUUUCACGCAGGAUGUGCACAUUUAGCCGCAGACUCUAAGAACUCAGUUGAAAUCUAGUCUUCUUUUAUUACUUCCUCUAAUUCCUUGUUGCCUUCACAGCUGAAGGGAAGCAGCUAUGUGAACUUCACAUCAUGGAAACAGUGUGUGCUGUACGUUUGCCAACUGUAACAUUCACUGUGGUCAUGCACAAUAUGCGUGUUUUGCACAGAGGUGUCUGAGUUGAGACCUUGUUGUCAGUGUUGUAGCCUAAGUGUUGCCAAAGGUGUGUAGAACAUGCCAUCUGCAUUGUGAUGUGCUGAUUGUGCUAAGAUAAGUAUAACCAGUGCCGUGUGCAAAGGUUUUAGUUUAGAACUGACGUCAGCAAAGACACAGAGAUGUAAAUCUAAACACAUGAAGUCUAUUUUAAUGUAGGUAAUGGCAAUCAAAGGUGAAGGAGCACAACUCUGCCUGUAAAUACAAAAGAAGAGAAAAUAAGAAACGUUGGGCUGACAAACUAUGUAAUAUAUAUAUAUAUUAUAAAUGCACUGUCUGUGGAUGAUCUUUAUGCUUAAGGAAAUAAACUUCU